AUGGCAUCCAACCAAGUUCCUCCCAGUCACCACUCCAAAUCAUCCGUCAAGCUUGGUUCAACCACACAUUUGGGCUCCAAAGCCCAUCAUACAGGUAUCAUGCUGGCAAUGGGAAGAGGCAUAUUGUCAGUGUCCAAGUUGGUCGGCAAACCUUUGAAAGAGGACAUGGAAAUCAGAAUCGAUCACCAUUAUACAUCGAAAAUAUAUACAUCGGGCUCGCAAGUUUCCGGUACCGUUCAGAUUAGUCCAAGGCGAGAUACAGAAUUCAGCUUCGUCGAAAUCAACCUCCUGGGAAAGGCUUACGUUCGCCGCGAAGACGUCCACGUUACGACCGAAACGAGCCAACUGCUCCUCAAAUUGCACAUGCCCAUCUCUGAAUCGGCCUACCCGUCAACGAGGACUUUUAAAAGCGGACAGAAUUACGCGAUACCCUUUCGUUUCAUCAUACCGCACCAACUGACUAGCAACGCCUGCCAAUACAAGGCCGAAACAGAAACAGUCCACAACCACCAUCUCCGCCUGCCGUCGUCCCUGACCGGAUUCGAAAGGGACGACCUCACUACCAACAUCACGAGGAUCCAGUACAGCGUGCGAGCCAGGAUUCUCAACAUCCGGAAAAACGGUUCCGAAGCACCACUGUCGCCCAUCCUCGAGUCACAACACCCCAUCAGCAUCCUCGCGCCAUCCCCCGAAGACCCGCCUCUCAUCUUGGACAGGUAUGACCUCCAUUACGUCCUCAAGGAGACCAAGCCCGUCAGGAGGAACAUGUUUUCCGCAGCAACCGGUCACAUCACGGCUGAGUCAUGCCAACCGCAAGCGAUACGCCUAAACCCCGAUGGGCGGGCGGCAUCCAGUUCGUCAGCCUACGUCAACAUUGGUUUUCGCCCUGUAGCACCAGACAUGUUGCCACCACAGAUCAAAGUCAAAUCCGCAAAGGUUUUGGCACAAACAUGGCUUUCUUCACGGCCGGCGCCGAGCUUCCCCAAUCUAAGGGGCGGCCGAGAGCCAGUGACGCUGUCCACGUCCGCCGUCGUCGACUCCACGAAUACCACACCUUGGAUCCAGCACGUUCACAUCAUGGGGGAGGAUGGUAAACCAGAAAGAAUGAGCAGAGGAAACAAAAGGUCGGAAGACGCAGCGUUGGAGAGCAGCAGCCUGGAUCCAAGAGUACCAGUCACGCAUACGUGUUCUACACACGUCGACUUCAGACUGCCGACAUUGAGUCACGUAUUCCCUCCGACCUUCCACUCUUGUCUAAUCUCACGGACGUAUACUCUCGAGAUCACAAUCGCAGCGGGGGGAUGCGAGCUAUGUCUGUUAUUGCCCCUUCAGAUCUUCAUGGACCCGCAGCACGAUUGCUUACAGACGCGUCUGGAUGCUGAUUUGCCCAGCUGGGAUGAGGUUGAAGGUGAGGCUGUGAACGCACGCUUGGGAGAGCCUCGUCGGUUGCUGUGA